AUGGCUGGGAGUGAGGAGUCGCCAUUCUCGAACUUCGAGGGCCGGGUAAGAAACUAUCUGCUGGAGGACGAAUACGCGGACUUUGACGGAUCUGAAUACAUUGAUGGAUCUUCGUCCCGCCAAGGUGACAGAAAUAGACUCCGAAAGCGCAACCCACUCUUCAAGUCAAGGGUAAAUGUCUUGCAGGAUGACAAACCGGGUUCGCUUUUCAGGGCUCUUCGACGUUGGAAGCCGUUCGGCAAGAAGGAAGAACAGCCUGGAUCUAACUUGAUGCCGGAGGAUGAGGGCAUUCCCACAGACGCGGUUUUACAGGAACAAUUCUCACAGGAACCGCCUACUUGGUCUAAUGAACUUGAUCCUGGUCACGAUCUCAUAAUUGCAAUCGUCGAAGGGAAAGGAAAACCGCGAAUACGUACUCUUUUGGAUGAAUUGCGCAACCCAAAUGCUACACCACCCCAUCCAGUCUAUGGCAGUGUUCUCGCCGCGGCUGCCGGGGCAGGCUCAGUCGAAACCAUUCGGCAUUUGUUACGAGCAGGCGCAGAUGUGGACAUGCAACUGAUGACCGGGAAUUACGGUAGUGCCCUGUGUGCAGCUGCAGCGUCACAUCAUCCUGAAAAUGUCAAAUCGCUUCUUAGGGCUGGCGCUUCUGUUAACAUGUACUUGGCGCAGGGCGAAUAUGGAAGUCCCCUUGCUGCUGCCGCUAGAGAAGGUUCAAACAAAAAUGUUCGACUCUUGAUACAAGCAGGCGCCGACGUGAACAUGCGAUUGAAAACUGGAUCGUAUGGCAGUCCUCUGUGCGCUGCUGUGCCUUCCCUUCAUAACAUCCAAGCUCUUCUCGAUGCCGGUGCUGAUGUUAACAUGGAGCUGUAUCAAGGCACAUACGGCAGUGCCCUUGCUGCUGCUUCCGGAUCACAGUUUCCUAAAAGUCUCGAUGCUAUCCUGGAGGCUGGCGCGGAUGUUAACAUGCAACUGUCGUUUGGCGAAUUUGGCAGUGCCCUUGUUGCUGCCGCUGCUGCUCCUGAUGAGUUAACCUCUGCCAUGAAUAUCAAUGCCCUUUUAAAAGCAGGCGCCAAUAUCAAUAUGCAAGUUAAAGAUGGCGCACACGGCAGCGCUCUUGCGGCUGCUGCUUCUCGGUCAAACCCGUCCCACCGAGUCAUCGAAACCCUGAUCAAAGCCGGCGCCAAUGUCAAUAUGAACUUGCAUCAUGGAUCCUACGGUAGUGCUUUGGCUACUGCUACUUCAGUAAAGGCUGUGAACGCCCUUCUUGGGGCAGGAGCAGAUGUUGAUAUGAAGCUUACGCAUGGAAGCUUUGGCACCGCGCUUACUGCAGCGCUGCAAAGAGUGAUCAAUGCUCAUCCUGUAGGUUCUACAUGGGACACAGAGGAAGAAAAGACUGUCCGGACCCUGCUUGCCACAGGGGCAGAUGUUGGACCACUGCAUCAAUUCUACGUCGAGUUACUCCGCAUACCGGACCCAGGGGUUCGAGCAGGGUAUGGCGAAGCUCACGAAUUCAAGUUCGAUUGGGAGCUUCCCCUUUCUUUGGAAUCUUCAAGUGACAUCGAAUCAUAUCUAUCACAUAAAGGGACUCUGACGAGAAAUAAGAAUACCGUCAGACUGGCAUCUUGUCGUGACUUUCUCGAGAACUCUUUUGGAGAUAUAGGAACGAAUAUACUGCAAGGAAUCGUGAGAGCCCUCCGAGCAUUCGACGGUUUUUAUUUUGAUGGCACUAUCAAACUUGAGACCCAUAAAUCCAAGAUCUGCUUGUGGGUUACUACAGAGACCAUCGAGGCACGAGAUGCCUUGGAAUGGAUUUGCCUCACAUUUCGGCAGGCAGCUCAACAUAAGAUUUCCGUUUCCACCAUCAGCGAUGACUCUAAUGACGGGCGUCCCAUAUCACUAAACAAGUUGGCCCCGUUCACAUCGUUCGCUUCAUCUGCGGAAUGUUGGUAUCCUCUUUUUGACUCAGCUGUGAUUGCAUUACAGUCAUCUGUUGAGCCGCAACUUCAACCAUGUGAAGGGCUCGAGCUGGAUUUCAAGCAGCUACUUAAACUUGCAGCUGUCGAGUAUCCUAUCAUGGUCAAUGAUGGCAUCGUUCUCAUGGGCUACUCGACCGCACUUGUACCUAUCAAGCAGAACACCGAUGGAAGGAUUAUGUGGCACUUGGAAACCGCCACGGACGAUUUCCAACUUCAGGUGUCUAAUCUCCAAGCAAUACAGAAGGAGUGGCUAAGAGUAUCCACACUCGAAGAUUUGUUAUCCGCGCCAGCAAUACUGGGCUGGUGUUCGGAAGCAGAAGUCCUCUUAGGCACCGAUCGCCUAGAACCAAAUGUGGCAUGGUCUGGUGCAAAGGUCAAACUAACUACCUGGCACUGGAAUGGAGCAAACCUCCAACUCCUGGCACAAUCCGCUUCUCCAUUGAAUCUGGGAGUUCAGGUAAACUUGAGACUUGAUCGAUCAGUCAACACCAUCCGGUUUAGCCCCUCUCGAAACUACCUCAAAUGCCUGUCGAGUAGCUCUCAACAGCCAAUUGUCCUUUACGAUGUAAAGUCCAAAAGAGCCUGGCUGGUCUCACUAAUUUCUGUGCUCCAUCACAUGUUGCUGGCGUAUUGUAAAACGAUAAACAAAGAAUUCAGUGAUAAAUUCCCGCCUUUCGCUGCACCAGAUACAUCUGGCACUGCUUCUGCCUCGUUGCAGGUUUUACGUGAUAAUGGAGCACUUGUCAUUGAGAGGUCAAAGGUGAAUGAGGAAUCAGAGGUGAAUGAAUUAACUGUCCGCGAUCUUAUUAUGGGAUUUUCAGUGAAUCUCUCAAAGACAACCCUCCAAUCUCCCAAGGCAUCGAACAUGCAUCCGCUCACGGUGUCCACAAUUUUCGGAUACGAAUUUGCAGACAUUGUGAUGGAUUCGCCAAGCAGUGAACUAAAGAAAAGCUCACUUGAAAAGGAGGGCCUGGCCUGGGUAUCCCUGCUCAAUAAUAUUAAGUGCCUCUUCUGCUCCGAUCUGGGCGAUGCAAUCAUCGGAAAGCGCUCACCCUGGUUAUCCUCACCCUGCAACAGCUUACUCGAAGGGUGCGAUUUAAUGGCAGCAUCUAUGCAAAGUUUGGAGCUCCUCGCUCAAAAGCACGGAAGCAAUGCUCAUGGUUCUUCAUGUCAAUUAUCGAACGAUCACUCCUGGUAUCUUGCGGGUACACCCUUCCAGGUCUGCGAACAUGAAGAGAAAGAUUCCUGCUGGGAUCGACCUGGUUUCCUAGAAGAGACGCUGCAAGAGAUCAAAAGCCGACAUAUCUCGGCAAAUGGUUCCGUUCAAAAUGGCAAUUACUCUUCCCUUGCCCAAGGAGCUUUGGUUUUCGGCUCACAGGCUCGGUCUAAGAGGAAGACUUUUCUCACGCUUGUCCAGUCAGCCGAAACUCGCAAGGUUUCAAUCCAGAGCACGACUAGCUUGGUUUCUUGA